AUUUGCUAUUCCAAGACGCAGUAAUAUUGGGAAUGAUUUAAUUUAUCCAAAAAUGAACCUCAAAAAAUUCCUUUUCGAAAAUGAAUCUGUGGUUGGCAUCAGUUCUCCAUCCCAAUACAUCUACAUAAAAAUAGUGCGGUUCAUGUUAGUGAUCGUCGGCUCCUGGCCUAGGAGAGAGAUCGGGGAGCCAGAACCACGAUACCAGACAAUUAUGCUCAAUUCAUUCUUCUUCUGUGUGGUCAAUGCUGCUUUAUACGGGUCCAUAUCCUACGUAUAUAUGCAUACAAGUGAAUUAUCUUUUUUGGAAAUUGGACACAUGUAUAUCGUGAUUCUAAUGAGUGUUAUUGAUAUGUCCAGAGUAUUUACUCUAACAUUAUCACAAAGGUACCGAGAUUUGGCUAAAGAAUUCCUUACCAAGAUACAUCUGUUCUACUUCAAAGAUCAUUCUCCAUAUGCGAUGGUGACUCACAAGAAAGUCCACCUAAUCUGUCAUCUGUUCUCUCUCUGCUUACUCUCCCAGAUGUUAACUGGUCUUUCUUUAUUCAAUCUCAUACCCAUGUACACGAACUACUCCUCAGGAAGGUACGCUAGUGGUGGCACCCAGAACUCAACGUUCGAACACUCUCUGUAUUUUCCCUACCCUUUUAACACUUCUACUGAUUUUAAUGGAUAUGUCGUUGCUUGUAUUUUGCAUUGGUUAUUGUCAUACUUAUGCUCAACAUGGUUCUGUAUGUUUGACCUCUUCCUAUCAAUAAUGGUUUUUCAUCUUUGGGGCCAUUUCAAAAUACUAAUCAACAGCCUGAAUAACUUCCCUAAGCCUAGCGCUGAAACUCACUGUGAAUUAGAACGAGGCAUUAAUAUAAACGCUGAAAAAUAUUCAAAAGAAGAACUCGUUAAAGUUUCUCAGAAACUGAAAGAAUGUAUUGAUUAUCACCGAGAGAUAAUUCAAUUUACAAACGCCAUGUCAGAUGUAUUCGGGCCGAUGUUGUUCUGCUAUUAUGUAUUCCACCAGACAAGCGGUUGUUUACUAUUGUUGGAGUGUUCGCAAAUGACAGCACAAGCUCUAAUCCGUUACGUACCACUGACGAUAAUACUAACUCAGCAAUUAAUUCAAUUGUCAGUCAUUUUUGAACUGGUCGGCAGUGAGAGUGAGAAAUUAAAAGACGCCGUGUAUGGUGUACCAUGGGAAUGCAUGGAUGUUAGUAAUAGGAAGGUGGUUGCAUUCUUUCUUAUGAAUGUUCAGGAGCCUGUUCAUAUUAAGGCUCUGGGUGUUGCUAAUGUUGGAGUCACUUCUAUGGCUGCGAUCCUGAAGACUUCAAUGUCCUACUUCACCUUCUUACGAAGCAUGUGAAUAUUUAAAUACUUUUAAAGUGAACGUCGCUGUUAUGUAUUUAUUUGCUAACAUUUCCUGUGAUUGCUUUUUACUAUUUAUUAG